UCUAAACGCCGCCAUAUUGCGCGCGAAUCAUAAAUACGUUAUGAUAUAGUUAUAAAUAACUUUCUUCAUAAAACAUGACAAUAUUUUACUUUCAUCCUAACAAAUUAUAUAAAUAAUAUUUUACGAGUAUUAUAAUUAGUACCCAGUGUUAAUUAUUUGUCGAAAUUAAGUAAAGUACUUAUGUGUUUGUUAAAAUAUGGCGCCGUAUUAGUCGUGAGUGGUAUCUAUUUAUAUCAUUAUUAUGGAGACAAUCCCUUGAUUAUCCUGUCAAAUAAUAUAUAUGGAAUUAUCUUUCUUCAAUUAUUAAGAAUGUGUUUCAUAACAUACUGUAUAAAAUAACAUUACGUAAAAAAUACGUUUGUUUUAUUUAUUAAAUGGUAUAUAAGCAACGACAAUAAUAUUAUUGAUACCAACAAAUUGAGAAGUACCUCACGUAUACUCAUUAGAAUGAAAAACAAGAGAUAUCUGCGCAACGUAGGUAAAAUCCAGUUGUGGGAUAGAAAAUGCUCUUGGCGUCCAAACCAGUAACUUAGCCAUCAUCACUGAAGUUCUGUCUACAUCACAAACCAGUGCACGUAGAAAUUCUACCAUCAUACAUACCAUCUCACCGUGGGUGUGUUAAUUUAAGAAUUCAAAAUUACUUUUAGUGACUAAACGGAUAAGUGAAUACUAUAUACCGGUGUUUAGUUACAGUAUUUUUUUUCUAUCGCUCAGUAUGAUUCAGUUGAAGAUAUUAACAUGUCUUCUGUUGCCGAUAGUAUUUGGACAAGAAAACUACAGUCCUCAAAAUAACUACAAUAACCCCCCAAAUAACUACAAUAACCCGCCAAAUAACUACAAUAACCCCUCAAAUAACUACAAUAACCCCCCAAAUAACUACAAUAACCCCCCAAAUAACUACAAUAACCCCCCAAAUAACUACAAUAACCCCUCAAAUAACUACAAUAACCCCCAAAACAAUUUCAACAAACCAUCUGAUAAUUAUAAUCCCGAAAUUAGCGGCAAUCAGAACACGAACAAUUUCAACAGAAACAGCUACAACAUACAACAAGCCGAUCAAGGAGAUUGUUGUGAAGAUUAUUGUUAUGUUGAAGAUCAUGAACCUUAUCUUAAUUUUGGUACGAAAACAGCCUACGAGAGUUUGAACCGAAGAACUAAUAGUGAUCAACACAUUAUACCAGAAUGUAAACCGGUGAAAUUCUGGAGCAUCAAUCGACACGGGACAACGUUACCGGACGCUGAUACAAUCAGGAUGAUGCGAAACAUCAACAGGCUUCACGAAGACAUUAUAAGAAAUCAUGAACAAAGAAGAACGUAUCCCGAUAAAGGCAGAUUAUGUCCAAGCGAUUACGAUUUAUUCAAACGUUGGAGAUUUAACGAAAGUAUCAGUGAAAGAAACGCCAAUACCUUGGCGAGACAAGGCGUGGAAGAUUUGCGCAUGUUGGCUAGAAGAUAUAAAGGAAAAUAUCCCGAACUAUUACAAAACUACGACGAAAGAUCUUAUACUUUCGAGUAUUCUCCGGAAAAUCACGACAGUUUCCAAGCUUACAUUGACGGGCUGUUUGAACAAGACGCGUAUAGAGUACAUGCAAAUAUUAUAAACGGCGAUAGAUUAACUAAACCUACUCAAAAUUGUCCCAAAUGGCAAGAAUUGGAAAAUAAUCAAUUCGCAAGUAUGUCGGAAGUUAUGAGAUUCAAGGAAACGCCAUAUUAUAAAAAAAUGGUAGUAGACGUUUUCCGAAGAUUGGGAUAUAGAUUUUCACCCAACGCUUCUGUUAUCGAAGAAAUAUACGAUUUAUGUAGAUAUGAGAAAGCCUGGAAUCCCCAGCCAAAAGCACCUUGGUGUAUAGCAUUCAAUAAAAAUCAACUCAAAUUGUUGGAGUACGUCGAAGAUUUAAAAUCUUACUACAAAUCAGGUUACGGAAACAGAAUGUCGGAAAGAAUAGGAUGCAGUCCUUUAAAGGAUUUAUAUGAAAAAUUCAAUCGAUUCGUUAAUGGUAAUUCAGAUGGAACUAAAGCCUCAUUCAUAUUCAGCGAUACGAAUACGUUCCAAUCAACUCUUGCAGCACUAGGAAUUGCUAAGGAUUAUAUGUCUUUAAAAGCUGACAACUACUAUGAACAAUCGAAGAGAAAUUGGAAAUCAUCAGUGAUCAGUCCUUUCGCGGCUAACUUAGUAGCAACAUUAUACGAAUGCAAUCGUGAUGAGAAAUAUAGAGUGAUGUUUUUCUUAAACGAAAAUCCUGUGGAAUUCCCCGAUUGUUCGGUUGGUCUGUGUAAUUGGUCGGUGGUUCAACGAAAGUACCAAAGAAUCGUAGAAACUUGCAACAUCGAGAAUUUCUGCGGCGGUAGAGGAGCGGCUGUUAAAAAUUACGUGUCACUGGUGGCGGUUCUGUUAACGAUUUUUGUUUUUAAGUUCUAAUCGGCGCUUUUAGGUAGAAUUUUAUUAAUAUAAAAGUUGAAAGUAUUCUUUCAGUAUAUAUUUGUUGUUUUAGAUUUUUUUGUAGUACAAAAAUAGAACUUUUAAGUUUUAACACAAAUAUUGAAACCAAAUGCCAUCUGUAAUUGUAUCUGUUUUUGUUGAAUACUGAUGUAGUUGUAUAUUUUUGAUUUUUACAAAUGACUUGAUAAUAAAUAUUUUUAGAAUUGGAA